AUCCGGCCCAGUAGGACGUCGAAUACCGAAUUGGAGUUUCCAGGGGAGAAGUUCUUACGUAUGAGUCGAAACUCCGCCUAUCAUCCGCACUAAACCCUUUUCAUCGACGUCCUCCGACCCAAAGCGAGCAAGCCGAGUCUAGCCUGAACUUGUCGACUCAGGGCUGCCUCGGGCUAUACCUACUACUAGUAUACUACGGAGUACUACUGUAUAGUUAGUACCGUCUAUACUUUACCUAUACCAUUCAUACCAUCCAAGUACACAAGCCAGUACUAAUCAACUUGCUCAACAUGCAUAUCCUGGUUGUGAACGACGACGGACCUCCCUCGCGCCGCCUGUCUCCAUACAUCCAGCCGCUGGUCUCCGCCCUCCAAGCCGCGGGCCACCUCGUCUCCGUCGCCAUCCCCGCCGCCUCGCGCUCCUGGAUCGGCAAGGCACAUCUCAUCGAAGCCUCCCUGAAAGCCACCUACGUCCCGCCGCAAGCCUUCCACAACGACGGCACCUGGAACGAGACCUACACCCACCCCGGGCCCAAUGACAAUGACACCGAUCCCCCCACCAAUGGCACAACCACUACAACCCGCGCAACCCCCAGCAGCGGCAACCCCAACGACGAAUGGGUGGUAAUCACCAACGGCACGCCGGCCAGCUGCGUGCAACUCGGGCUCUUCAACCUCUUCCCCGACCGGCCCCCGAUUGACCUGGUCAUCUCCGGCCCCAACCACGGCCGCAACGCCUCCACGAUCUACAACCUCUCGUCCGGCACGGUGGGCGGCGCCCUCGAGGCCGCCACCUGCGGCAAGCGCGGCAUCGCCAUCUCCUUCGGCAGCAAGGAGGAGCAGCCCGCGCUCGUCAUCGCGGCCGCCGCCCGCCUGGCCGUGCGCGUCGUCAACCACCUGAUCGCCCACUGGGACGAGCGCGUCGAGCUCUACAACAUCAACGUCCCCAUGCGCGACGACGUCGAGUCCCGGCCCGUGCUGUGGACCCGCACCCUCCCCUACUACUGGGCCAGGGGGUACCUCUACGCCGAGGCGGACAGUUCCACGCAACAAACCCAACAAGUCAACGGAGCCUCGGAGACGCAGCAACAGCCUGCAACGACACUCAGACAAAGGGACUUCAAAUGGGGCGCCCAGCUGUUGGACAUGAAGAAAGCGCUGCAGGCCAGUGAGGAGGGGACGGAUGCCCAUACCGUGCUGAAUGGGAGUACCAGGUAAGCAAGCAAGCUGGAUUUUGGCAUCAUUGGGGCAACGAGCAAAGGCGCGCCAUCGUGAGAGAAGAGCCAGCGGCGAGUGCUGCAACUCGUUCUCCGAUUCAACUUGCAUUUGUUCUUGAGAGUUACUGGGCUAAUUCUGGUGGGGUUUCCCUUGUCGCAUAGUGUCACCGCCCUUCGCGCGAACUUCUGGCAUGUUCCUGGCUUGGAGGGAACUUUGGAGUUGGAAUGAUGAUGAUGAUGA